AUGCCGUUCUUUAAAAGAAAAUCGGCAAACGAUAAGCAGUCCAGCCAAGAUGUUGGAGGGAGGAAGCCAGUCAAGAGGACACCAUCCAACAGGAGUGGUGUCUCCAUGGGAAAGGCUGAUCCUUUUAAUGGAGACGUUGGUGUGACAGGAAGUCAACAGAGUGGUAAUAAGACUCGACCUGUCAAACUACUACUAUCUCCAGAGGAUCUAGAAGACACCGGGGACUUAGGUGAUUGUGGCACAUCAUUACAUUCAGGGAGAAAGACAUCUUCACGGUUAUCUAAGACCUUGUUGGAGAUUUUGAAUGACAAAGAUGCCCUAGGCUUAUUCAUUAAAUAUAUGGACGCUGUAAAAGCUGCCCAUCAUAUACGAUUCUGGCUUGAUGCUGAGAGUUUUCAGGCAUCAACAUGGAGUAGGCUACGGACACAUUCAUUAAAUUCUGCAAAGAAAACUUUGUCAGGAAAAUCAGUGGAUGAAAUUAAAGUGGUGCCAACAUACAGAACAGGGGAGGUAACUUCUGAACAGGUCUGUGGUGAUACACAGAUAGAUAAUGAAAGUUAUAAAGUCAACAACGAUAAUACAUCACAACUUUCAAGUGAAUGUUCUAGUCAAAUGGGGACAAGCAAGGCAUACAGCAUCCAUCCAGUGUCCUGUGGUGGUGCUUCUGUAGACACAAUAAAUAGACACAACAUACCAGUAUCAGAAGUGUCUAGUUCAGAUCUACAGGAAACAGGACAAGUGUCUAGCUCCAACCUAACACAAACCGAAGGACAAGUGCCUCAAUCAGAGAUAUCCUCUAGACACGAUAAUUUACCAAGGCUUGGUGCUGUGAUAGGAAGUAGUGAAAUGGCAGCCAUGGGGGAUAUACAUUCCCCGGGAGAAGAUGUGGCAGAACAUCACGGUGAGACAGAUGGAACAGAGGAAGGACAGAAUAGUGCUACUGUGAUAUCUAGGUCUGGUUCACAAGAAGAUGGAGAAAAGAAAAUGAAACGAGGAGUAUCUCUAGAAGAUCUGGCCGAAAAGUUAAAAAGAAGUAUUGAGAGAGAUGCAGUAAAGAUCUUCCAAAAAUAUUUAUCACAUGAUGCAACAGAUCCUAUUGGUGCUCCAGAUGAGCUACGCAAUGAGACAAUACACAAGAUUUGCAGAGAAGAUGGGCAAGUUGAUCCACAGUGUUUCUCAUCCUGUCAGGAAUUUGUUUUCAAGAAGAUGGAGAAAGAGUUUUACCAGGAUUUUAUUGUGAGUGAGUACUACUACAUGCACCAGAUCAACACGCUGACAAGUACACAAGUCAACCUAGCUGAUGUGUUGUACAAUGAGGGGGCACUCUUCUACUUCAUGGAGUACUUGGAACAAGAGGGGGGCAGCCAUUUUCUCCAAUUUCUCUUAGCCACAGACAACUUCCAGCAGCAUCUCUUGUCUUGUGGGGGUCAAUACGAUGGGAUGGAGGCACAGAGAGAUGCGAUGGUGCUCUAUGACAAAUAUUUUUCUUUACAAGCUACAGAUCCUCUUGGUUUUGAUGAUAAAAUUCGAUUUGAAGUUGAAGAAAAUAUAUGUCGGGAAGAAGGUCCACUUCCAGAUUGUUUUGCGAAAACACGAGACAUAGUCCUUAAAACAAUUGAAAAGACCUACUUUACAGCUUACCUCCAAAAUGAUGUAUAUUACAAGUACUUGUCUGAACUAGUCAGCACAGUAGAAACAGCUAAUUAUCCACCACGCCAACGGAAACGUACAGCUAGUGAUGCAUCCUCAGAACACAGCAGUCACAGUGCGGGCAGUGAGAGCCGAUCCUCAAAAAAUACAUAUCUGGCAACUGAUACAAGCUACUUACGUCACAACAUAAAUAAGCUUGAUACUGCCAUGAACCUUGACCCUGGGCUCCUAAACCCUGACCUCUUAUGGAAAAGACACAGUCCAAAGAUGAGCUUAGGAAAAGUUGACACACUUGGAGAAUUUGUGUCAGAGUUUGACCCUAACCCUGACCAAGAGAAAGUGAAAGCAUCUGGACUUUUUAAGAGAAAGAAAGCAAAGGAAAAGGAACAAGAAGACAUGGCAUUAAAGAUAGCCCAGAUGAUUAUUAAUGAUGUGACUUCUGUCACACAAACAAUUGGUGCACUGAAAAACCCACAGGAUCCAGACGAUGGAAGCUAGCAAUGUAUUGUAGUUACUGAUGUUAGACAUAGACAGGGAUGUUGUAAGACAACCAUAUACCAGUAUCUAUCAG